AUGACUUCCAUCACUCGUUUCCUCCUCCUGGCGCUCGUGUCGGCCGCUAUCGUCGCCCUCUCCUCCGAAACACCCCUACUGCGAGCAGCAGCCGCUUCUGAAACCGACUCCGGCGCCAAAUCCGAAGCGCUUACCGCGUCGCGCCCGUUUGGCGCCACCAACGGUGAUCGAACUGACGCAUUGGGGAGCGAUGGUAGGCGCGAGCUCAAAUCCUCCAGCGAAUCUCACUUCUCCUCUUCCUCGUCUAGUCACACCAGCAAGACUGGCGAGGCCAAAAGCAGCAGCAGCGGUGGCGGUAACGGCGGCAGCGGCAGCGGGUCAUACAAGACGAGGAAGCACGGGAAGCGGAGCGCGGCGAGCAACGGAGAAGGCGGCGCGGGUUACUGCCCCUACGCGGGCCGCCCGGGCAAUUCGCCGCCCAGCAUCUUCUGCGGCGGCGCCUGCUGCAUCGACUCAGAGUACCCGUGCUGCGGAGGCCAGAUCGCCGAACGGGUGCAGCGAUUCGCUGGUGGAAGCACCGUGACGAGCGAAGUGACAAGCGGCGGUGAAAGCGGCGGGGCAAUGGCGAGCGGCGGUAGAAGCGAGGAGGCGGAAAACGUGGAUGGCGGGGAGGGGGGUGUGGGAAUGGAGAUGCGCGGAGUGCUGUUCCGGUGGGGGGAAAUGGGUGUCAAGGUUGCUUUCCGCUCAUCCGACUUCCCCCGCCACGUCAUCAUCCUAGGUGGCCUCACGGACGGGCUGCUGCCCACGCAGUACACCGCCAGGCUGGCAUCCUCGCUGGCAGCCGCCCAUUGGUCGCUGCUGCAGACUCAGCUGUCGUCGUCCUACUUUGGAUACGGCGCUGCGUCUCUAGAGCAGGAUACUACCGAAAUAGAUGAGCUCAUCGCUUACAUCAUCAAGCGGUAUCAGGCCUCGGAGGUCGUCCUGGUCGGCCACAGCACGGGCUGCCAGGAUAUAGUGGCAUAUCUCAAGAGCGCUAAAGCCACCCAUCGCAGCACCGUCAAAGCCGCCAUUCUUCAGGCGCCAACGAGUGACAGGGAGUGCAUGGAGGAGCAGGCGAGGGAGGGGGGGAAGGAAGCAGAGGAGGCAUUUGAAGAAAUGAAGCGGGCGGCGCAGGCCAUGGUUGCGGGCGGCAGAGGUGCCGAGAUGAUGCCGAGAAGCGCCGACCCACUCGCGCCAAUCACAGCGUACAGGUUCCACUCUCUCGCGUGCACAGGAGGCGCUGAUGACAUGUUCAGUUCAGACUUCUCAGACGAGGAGUUGAAGGAGCGGCUGGGGCACAUGGCCGCAUGGCCGUCCCUGGUGAUGCUAUCCGGGGAGGAUCAAUACGUACCAAGAACCAUAGACAAGGAAAAGUUGCUACGGAGGCUCUGUGCUGCUAUGGGCGGUGCCACCCCUGCUCUGAUUGCUGGAGCAGACCACUCCUUGAGUAACAAUGUGGACGAGGCGGUUACCGUGAUAACAGAUUUUAUUAAGAAACUGUAA